AUGAUCAAUUCGAUUUAUUUAACCGACGAAUAUACUACGGAAUUUCGGAAGACCCUAUCCGGUGAUAGCAGCUUUUCGAAACCUUUUCCGCAUUUUUGUCUUCCUGAUUUUCUUACCAGUAAGGAGUUCAUAACCGAUCUUCGAUCAGAACUGGGAACUGUGCAGUAUGAUCGUAAGGAGAAUGACCUUUAUUCAUUGAACCAAACAGCUGAUUUAUCGAACUUUGAUGCUAAUAAAUUUCCAGCACUGACGAAAUUCAGGGAUUUAUUUAAAACCGAUGUUCUAAAUUGGUUACGUAAUGUGUCCGGUGUUGAUCUAAAUAAUGAAGUGGCAAUAACUAGUAGUAAUUAUGCUUAUACCGACUUACUCUUACCACAUGAUGAUCAGUGUGAAGGACGCAAAUUCGCUUUUACACUUUAUUUAACAUCGGAUUGGAAGGAGACUGAUGGUGGACAGCUAUUACUGUAUGAUUGUGAUGAUAAUAACAAUCCCAUAUCGGUUGCCCAAAUUAUGAAUCCAACAGAAAAUAUGCUGGUGAUGUUUGAAGUAUCACAGCGUUCAUGGCAUAUGGUUACUGAGGUACUUUCACACAAAGGACGUCUUUCGCUACACGGUUGGUUCCAUCAUACGGCAUGUAACGUUUCUGAUAAAGUAAAGUCAGUUUCCGAAGGAAAAUUGAAACCACACAUGAAUAUUACUUAUGAGGAGGUGCUGGAGUGGAUUAAUCCGGAAUAUAUUGAUCCCUCGCAACAGUCAAAAAUUCAGUCGAUUUUCGAAGAGAAUUCAGAAAUCAGUUUGUUUAAUUUUAUCCGCGAGAAUAAAUUUGAAUUAGCCUUACACGAAUUAAACACUGCUUGUUUCGAACAUAUUGGACCUCUUAAUAAAAGGAAAUUGGAACGUUUAAGAGAAUAUGCACUGCCAUUAGAUAGCAAUCUGCUCUCUCUUUUACGUUUAGUACGAUCUCAAGCAAUGACACUACUUCUUUCCCAGUGGACUGGUCUACCUAUGAAUUCUGCUAAUGAUUUCGAUAGUGAACCAGAUAUCAAAAAGAAAAAAAUUGAUGGUAAUAAGUGCGAGAAUAUUACAUCUUAUAACGAUAUUGAAUGCUGCUCAUCAGUAUAUCGAGUUGGAAAAAGUUGUUAUACGAUGGUCGACGAUGAAGUUGUUGAUGAGACGGAGCAGCUUGGUUGUUGUUUAGAUUUCAAUCUAUUUUUAUUUCCGAAUGAGUGGGAUGAUGAGCAUGGUGGUUUCAUAAGCUAUAUUACCAAGAAUGAGGAGGAAGAGGUGCUAAGGGUAUCUCCGGUGCGGAAUAGCGCUGCUUUGGUAUUUCGUGAACCUGGAGUAUAUCCAUUUGUGAAAUAUGUGAAUUGUAAGGCAGAAGACAAAUAUUACUAUGUGAUUAAUUGUUCGUUUUACGGCUUUACAGUUGAUGAUUCUUCCGUUACAAAUAGCGAAGAGAAUGUGGAAAGUGAUGAUGAAGUUAAAAACGAUGAUGAAGCUGGAUCUAGUUUUAGUAAAUUUUAA